AAUAAUUUAUCAUACUGUAUACAACAUGCAGCUAGUAAACAUUGAGACUUUAUUUUAAAAUCAUUUUCCCUUCUGGAUAUGCUUUAGGUGGGCAGCUUGUGUUUGUGUGGUUAUUGUUAUUGUUCAUAAAUUAUGAAAAUUGUUUACACAGUAGCGCGGUGGCGGGUUGUGAGCACGGCGCGGGAGGCGCAGGGUCGGGUGGCGGCCGACCGGCGGCAGACACUAUUCGCCGUGUUAAGGUGAAGAUGUCAUCAGUGUCGGCGCAGGGCGUCGUAGAACGCGCUUCGGCUGAACUAUCGCGCCGCAUCACAGGGCUGGGGCUGCGCGGUCGGAAGCGGUCGCCUGGCGUCGUGGAGCGCGUAGCCAAUGCUCUAUGCGGGCCAGCAACAGCCGCAACAGCCGCACCGAGAGUACCGCGUCGCCGCCGACCCUCACCCAGACCACUAUCUUGGAAUCAAUUUGUGUUAGAAGAAAGAUUUUUAGAAAAGUUUUUUUUAUACUUCAAUGCCAAUGAUAGAAGAUCACUAGCACAAGUGUGCACAAGAUGGCGGGACAUACUGUACUCAUCGCCGCGCUGGUGGACUGGCCUUGUCGCAGUGCUAGACUGCCGGGAACUGCGCUCAGCUACAGGGUGUUGUAUGCAGAGAUUCUACAAUUCUCUAGUCAGAAGGGGUAUUCGUGGAGUAGUUUUAGUUUCAGCUUCUGAUGAUGAUAUAAAUGAAUUUAUUAGGCAAUUUCCUUUGUCAGCUCAUCAUAUUCAUGCUAUUGGUUUAAAAGGGUGUACAAUAACUGACAGAGGCUUGGAAGCUGUUCUUGAUCAUCUUCAGGUUCUGUUUGAGCUUGAACUAACUGGAUGCAAUGAAAUAACCGAGGCUGGUUUGUGGGCAUGUCUAACUCCACGAAUUGUCUCUCUCACGCUUACUGAUUGCAUUAACAUUGCUGACGAAGCUGUUGGUGCAGUAGCCCAACUACUGCCCUCACUCUACGAGUUUUCUCUUCAAGCCUAUCACGUGACUGACGCCGCCCUCGGCUAUUUCUCGCCCAAGCAGAGUGCGUCACUCAGUGUUCUACGACUGCACAGCUGUUGGGAGCUGACUAAUCAUGGCGUCGUAAAUAUUGUGCACUCCCUACCAAACCUGACGGUGUUGUCUCUGAGUGGGUGCAGCAAAGUGACGGAUGAGGGCGUCGAACUGUUGGCCGAGAAUCUCCCGCGCCUGCGCAGUCUCGAUCUCAGCUGGUGCCCGCGCGUCACUGACAACGCUCUCGAGUACAUCGCUUGUGAUCUCAAUCAUUUGGAAGAACUUACGUUAGACAGGUGUGUACAUAUAACUGACAUCGGCGUGGGCUACAUCAGCACGAUGCAGUCACUAGUGGCGCUGUUCCUGCGCUGGUGCUCACAGGUGCGCGACUUCGGGGUACAGCACCUCUGUGGCAUGCGCUCACUGCAACUGCUGUCUCUAGCCGGAUGUCCAUUAUUAACAUCGGGAGGUUUGUCGAGCCUGAUACAACUGCGACAGCUCCGUGAGCUCGAGCUGACGAACUGUCCCGGCGCCUCACCUGAACUGUUUGACUAUCUCCACGAACAUUUACCAAGAUGCCUAAUUAUUGAGUAAGGUAAAAUAAACCUUAUACUCUUACACAUGAACCGCAUUUUUGUGACCCGCAACACUUACAUAUUCUAUGUAAUUUUUAAUGUUCUUACUUAGCUACACAGUAACUAGUUGUUUGAACCACACAUUAAUGCGCAAUUUUAUAGAUAUUUUUACUGAUUUAUUGUUUCCUUUCUAGUUUUUGUAAGCACCUUACAAAUAUUGUUAUUAGUGCAUCGAAAACUUCUAAAAAGAGUAGAGAAUAUGAGGAGUUCUUCAAAGUAAUGAAAAAUAUGCGGUGAACUUUGCCAGUACAACAUAUACUUAUUGAAUUGAUAUACAGGCUAUGUGGUGAUAAAUGCGGGCGUACAAUGAAAAAUACAUGAGGAAAUUUUUUUCACGCUUCUAGUCCUAGUUUCGAAAGUUAUAAAAAAAAUCCCACCUAUGGUAUUGACAUAUUCCAAAAAAUAUUAUUUCGCAGUGAUACUUGUACAGUUUAAAUCGCUCCUUUAUAGUAUGCACUGUUAAGUUGUGACCUUAACGUUUUUUAAUGCAUUCCCUUAUAGAUUUGGUGGCCUUUACGAUCUAUCUUAUUCCUAAACAAUUGCUCAAAUUGUGUGAUGUCUUGUCCAAUUAUGUAAGAAAACGUAUUUGAUGUCGCUAUUCAUAACAUUGUGACUUAUCUGUUUGUUGUCAAGUUGGAGGAUCGUAAAGCAGUUUUUUAUUUACUGAAGCUUUACCUCAUCUUACAAACAGUGUGACGUGUGACAUUUUGUGAAAAAAAUAUAAUUAACAAUGAUAAAAACGAAACAGAAACAUAAAUGUUGUGAUUGAGAAGAGCACUUCAUAUAAAAUAUUACAUUAUUUAUAACAAAUAAUGUAAUUAAUAAAUAAAAAUUAUGUUUCCCCAUUAACUGUUUGAAAUCUAUUUGUAGAAACACUGCUAUUAUAAUAUUAUAUCAUAUAAUAUACUACCAAACCGAUAAUUUCGAAUUCGAAUAUUUAAUAUGAAAAUUAUGAAAUUUUAAAUAGUAUAUUAAGAAAAAGUGUUUAUUAGAUAAUUUGUGUGAUUUUAUGUAUAGUGUAAUGAUUUGAAAUCAAAUCGUAUGAUUUGGUGAUGUCCAUUAGUUAAAUGUAAUUGAUAGAUUGCUGAUAGGAAUAAACAUUGAUUUUUUAUAUUAUUUUGACGACAGUUUUAUAUUCAUUGUGUAAAUAAAUGAUCCCGGUAUUCGUCGUUUAUUAUAAUAAUAUUGUAUCCCAUUUUAAUACAACAGUUUCCAACAAAUCAAAUUCAAGCGACAAUUUUCAAUUCUUAUGAAAUU